UAUGCCGCCGGCCAAAGAUGAGAUGAAAAAUGAAGCCAAUUGUUUGGAGGUUUUAAACAUUGGCGAGAAGAGUCCCGCGAAAAAUAGUGCUCUUGUAGACGUGAGAGCUUGCAACAAACCUGCCGCUAAGUGUUAAGUUACAGUGCGUCAUGCUAUCAGUCGCUGUAUGUUACUUGUGUACUUGACUGUUUGUAAAAUGCACAGAAUUUAGUUUGGGAGUACAUCUCUAUGUAGUGCAUGUCUUUAUCACGCCUGAGUAGAGUGGAGACAACAUGACUAAUUCACAGGUAUGGUUCCGCGGCGUCAGGAGCUCAAAGUUCCGACAUGUGUACGGUGUGCCAUUCAAAAGAGAACGUUGUUACGACAACAUAAAGAUCACGAGGAAUGCGCACGAUUCCAAUUUCUGCGCAGUCAAUCCCAAGUUUGUGGCUAUUGUGACUGAAGUUGCUGGUGGAGGCGCAUUUCUUGUUCUGCCUUUGGAUCACACGGGGCGUCUCGACUUCAACGCGAGCCGAGUUACAGGCCACAAAGGCCCAGUGCUCGACAUCAAGUGGAAUCCGUUCAAUGAUAACAUCAUAGCUUCGUGUUCCGAUGACUGCACGGUAAAAUUAUGGCAUAUUCCGGAUGGCGGUCUUUCUAUGCACCUGACCGACUGGCUGGUGGAACUUCAUGGUCACAAGCGACGCGUGGCGUACAUCGAAUGGCAUCCUACCGCGGAAAAUGUGUUGCUGAGCGCUGGCUUUGAUUAUUUGAUCUUCGUAUGGGAUGUGGGCAAAGGAGAGGCGGUGAAGGUAAUCGACUGCCACACCGACGUCAUCUACUGCAUGUCGUUCAAUCGCGACGGCUCACUUUUAGCUACCACCUCCAAGGACAAGAAGCUUAGAGUCAUCGAGCCCAGACGGGGUAUUGUGCUCUCUGAAGGACCUUGCCAUACAGGAACGAAGGCAUCGAAAUGUACAUUCCUAGGUAGUCAAGGAAAAGUGCUAACGACGGGUUUUUCGCGGUACAGCGACCGCCAGUACGCAGUUUGGGACCAACAUGACUUGUCCAAGCCUCUCGUAUGUGAAACCAUCGAUAGCUCUUCGGGUGUCGUGUUCCCGUAUUACGACUAUGAUACAAAUAUAGUAUAUCUUGCGGGCAAGGGAGAUGGGAACAUACGGUACUACGAAGUCGUUGAUGAGGCUCCCUAUGUGCAUUUCCUCAACCAGUUCUUAUCGGGCAACCCACAACGAGGGCUGGGCUUCAUGCCGAAACGCGGCAUGAACACGGCCAUAUGCGAAGUGUUCCGCUUCUACAAACUGCACACGUCGCGAGGUCUCUGCGAGCCCAUCUCCAUGAUCGUACCGCGCAAGUCCGAUUGCUUCCAGGAGGAUCUGUACCCAGACACUGCAGCCCCGAUUCCGGCGUUGUCUGCCAAAGACUGGCUAAGCGGGAUGAAUGUUCCACCACUACUGAUAAGUAUGAAGACAGGAGUGACAAUAUCGACGCACAAACCCCGCACAACGAACAAAGACACUCCGGCGAUGCAGCCGCAGGAUCCCAACAACAGGAAGAAGUUCGCCUUCCUGUCACGAGAGACCACGCCCGACUAUCGCCCGUUGAACACUUGGCAGCCGCCGGAGAACCAUACUAAUAAUGAUCAUGAUAUUGUAUCAGAGAAAUCGCAGAAAACGAAUGCCAACCAGAACACCAAGUUCCACCAGCUGCAACGUAUGUUCGGCAAGCAGACUAGCGACGUCGAACCCGUGCCGCUGUACAAGCAGAUCAACCAGGGUGACGUCUUUAGCACGGAACAUGAGUUGCGCCUUGCGUUUAAUCGACAAGGCGAAGAGUUAAGGAUUGCGAAGCGGCAGCUGCAGAACAGUCAACAGCGAGUUCGCGAACUCGAGCAACAGGUAGCGGCUCUACAAGCGCGUUUGCAGCGCGACGGGUCCUAAACUACACCACACUUUGCUUGAGGCCUAUAUUACAAAGCCACGGACCGACGCGUCCCAACGUCGUAUCUAGAAUUUUCUAGCUUUUUUAUUGUCGUUUUGAAACCAAAAUGCUUUGAACUGAUGCUGAGCUGCGGUGUAACGACGAUAUAGGGCAUCGCGCUAUAUAAUUUAGGCGUCAAUCGUUCUAAAAAAAGUGUCUAGAUGGUAAGCAUUCGAACUUUUAAAAAUCAUUAAGGUUUAUCUGUGUUCACUUAUCAUCUAAAAACCCUAAUUGUUAGAAAGUGUCGGGCUUCUUAUGUUCCACUAUAAGGUUAAAAACUUCCGUUGCCGGACAAAGACGAGUUGCGUCGCCGGCACCGAAGCUAUACCAAUAGCACCCUUUACACAGUCACUUUAUCGCGCGUGAUCAGGAGCGUACAGGAUUGCGCGGAAAGCCUGUCGUGAGCAAUUACCUGUUUGAAUUUUUUUAAGCUAAAGUUCUUUCGCGCGCGAAUGCUCGUGUUCAUUUUUGUUACAACGGAAAGAGCGUCCGUGUAAAGGCUAAUAGCGCAGAAUACACCGCGUGAAACUGACGCGUGUUGGAGUGCGCGAUUGCGCGCGACUGAUGUGCGCAAUCGCGCGGUCUUUCCCUUUUCCUUCCAACGUCCUUACACGCGCGCUCAAUCUUGCACGAUUGCUGUAUCACGCACGAUAGAGUGUCUGUGUAACGUCUUUUCUAUUAGUCCUAGCGUCUUUUACAUCGUUAUAUAAUAUAACAAAAUUCUUUUUCUGACCGCAUACGAUUACGAGUCGCACAGUUUGGUGGAAUCCUUAAGCGAUAUAUCAACCGACAUCAUAGACAAAUGAUAGUCGGCUAACGUUGUUAUUUACUACCCGACUGUCGGCCAACACGGCCUAAAUAUUUACCAAUAGAUGGCGUUCUUUAGACAUCCCCACGACUGGCAUUGAACUAGUCCUGUCCCCCUGUUACAUCACUAAUACAGAAUGAUGCCGGUGAAUUCUAGAUUUAUCAGAAAAGGACAAUAGGCAUUGGAGCGACGUCAUUAAGAAAUAUUAGUGGCUACAUCUGUCACUAGUAUAGCUCAAAAAGAGGAGAGUUAGGUCCAUCUACAAAAGUGGAGCAGAGAAAUGAGUUUUGAAACAAUUUCAAGAAUAGGGGCAAAGACCAUACUUUUUUUUUUGCUGUGAAUACACAAAAUUGCUCCGUAAUACGAUUGGCUUUGUGCGCCAAAUAGCUUUUUUUAAAUCAACUUUUAAAUGUGUUCGAAAAAAAUGCCGCUAUUCUAGAAAGCCAUCGAUGAUAUGAAAUAAAUGUUGGUAGCUCUUGUACGUUCUGCUUUGGUAGAUAAGGGCCUAAGAAAUUGAUAGUAUUUAACAUUGGCCAAUAAGAGUCUGUAGAUGGUUUUUAGUUUUUUACAAAUAGCAAUUAGGCUAUUACGUCAGCAUUUAGUAUUUUAUGCUACAAGUUUAUUGUGACUUCUAUGGUAGCUUCUUUAUUAAGCCCAAAGGUAAGCAACAGUUUUCGAGCCGCAAUCUUGUUCAUACGAUUUGUAUGAAGCUCUAUGAUAACGACUUUUUUACUUUUCGUAGUGAAUUUACGAACACGAAAGAUGUGUUUUUUUUAUAUUUAAUUAUUAUACAUAGUUAUGCAAAAAGUGAUAAUUUUUCUUUAAUUCCGAUAAUGAUCUUUAUGUGCAUGUAUGUUUACAGUAUUAUGCGUAUAUUUUUACGUCAUUUACUCGUAAGUGUUCUCGGUAUAAAUAAGGCCUAGUGUAUAUUAUAUUUUAUUCGCAAUUAUGUAAUGUAAGGCCUUUCAGGUUUUCGCUAAUUAGCAAGCUUGUGAUAAAUUCCAUGACAGGAAACUUUUUUGGUCACAAUUUUGUUAUGUACUUUAUUUCUAAGCCUUUAUGGUCUUUAUUUCUAUACAAUUCUUAUGUGCAAUGAAUCAGGGUCGUUGGUUUUUAAAAUUUUGACAUUUUGAUUAUGUGAUCAUUUGGUGAGCACUUUUUAUAUAGCACAAAAAUUAUGUACCAGUUUUAGUUAAGUUGAUAGCUAGGAACAAAAAUAGCAUUUACGAGACUGAUCACGACAAGUCUAGAAACUUUGCCAAGCGUUUUAAGCCUAGCGACACACCAACCGAAAAUCAGCCGCGCGAUUUCAGGACUUUCAAUGUUCAAUGAAUAUGUUUUUUUUUUAAUUGGGACAGUAUGGAGAAAUCCGAAACCAGAGAAGAUACAUGGAAACUGUCUUAGAAACCGUUAAAUCUUUUUUUAAAACAAUUUAGUCAAGCGUCAGUUGUCUAUAAUGUGUAAAUUAAUCAAGUUUAUGGACAAGUUUCGCUUGACAAAAAAGUUGACUAAUCCAAAAUUGUUUUCACAAAAAAUGUCUUAAGGGCUCCUAAGGCUCAACUCACACUGGCGCAGAGUUGAAGCGUCACGACGAGUCAUGUUUUUCGCCUAUAGUACAUUCAUCUCUAUUUUCCC